AAAGUCUGUCUUCUGCCUACAAAAGUCUGUCCGUCCGCGAUUAGCCACUCCUAUCUCGACGAUACUUAAUUAGAUUUAAUUUCAAUAAUCUGGUGCGUGAAAUGUAGUGUUUCGUUUACAAAAUUUGUGUAUUGCGAUGGCUUAGUUGUUUACAAAGUGUUUAAAAAGAUAUCACAAUGUCUGGCAGAGGUGUGUUGAGGAAGCUGUUUUAUAAAAAGCAGCAUAAUAAGGAUGAGAGGGCGACUGAGAUCGGAAUGCCUACCAACGUGAAGCAACAUAUCCAUGUAAGUAAAAAUUCGGAAACUGGGAUGUUGGAAGGUCUGCCGUCAUCAUGGUUGAGACUUAUAAAUACGCAAAUCACACCCGCGGAACAAAACGAAAACCCGGACGCGGCCAUUCAGGCUGUGAAGUUUCAUAUGUAUACAAUAAAGAAAGAAAAGGCCCAGGAUGAACCAUUCAAACCAUUUGUGACUGAAGAAGCUAUCACUGAAGAGGAUUUGGAGAUAGAGAAAUUAUUAGAUAAGAAAAAUGCCCACCAAAGUCAAGACUCUGAUCUAUCUAUCGGUCAAAGUAGUGAAGAGGAUGUUGCACCAAAUGACAAUUUCUCCCAAAGACAAACUAUGCCCGCGGCACCUACCAAACAUGGGAUGAAAAAGAAAGAUGCAAUGAUGGACCUUACAGCGGUGGUUCAAGAUUUAACUUUAAUAGGAGAUGAGUCAGAAGAGAGCCCAAUUCUACGGAAGAAGGAGAUGAUGAAUGCAGCGCUGACUGAUGAAGAAGUGUAUGAGGAAUUGAAAAGAAUUUGUAAUAAGGAUGAUCCUUAUGUAAGGUUUGAGAGGAUCAAACAACUUGGUGCUGGAGCUUCAGGUGUUGUGUUCAUCGCUAUAGACAGCAAGGAUAACUCAAGAGUUGCCAUUAAAGAUAUUGAUUUGACAAAACAAUCCAAAAAAGAUCUCAUACUGAACGAAAUCAAUGUAUUAAAAGGAUUUCACCACAAGAAUUUAGUGAACUUCCUUGAUGCAUUCCUAAGUUACGAUCAUCUUUGGGUUGCUAUGGAGUUACUAGAUGGCGGCUCGUUAACUGAUGUUGUAACCGAAGUGGUCAUGAAGGAAGGACAAAUUGCAGCAGUUUGCCGUGAAACUCUUCAAGCGAUUGCUUUCCUACAUUCAAAGGGAACUAUCCAUAGAGAUAUUAAAUCUGACAAUGUGCUACUAGGCAUGGAUGGCACGGUUAAAGUGACUGAUUUUGGAUUCUGUGCCAAUAUUGUUGGUGAUGAAAAGAGACAGACUAUGGUUGGUACACCAUAUUGGAUGGCACCGGAAGUUGUGACUAGAAAACAGUAUGGUAAAAAGGUGGAUGUUUGGUCACUAGGUAUAAUGGCUAUAGAAAUGAUUGAAGGAGAACCACCAUAUAUGAAAGAGACGCCACUACGUGCUUUAUAUUUGAUAGCUGCUGUUGGUCGACCGAAGAUUCCAAGAUGGGAAUCUUUGUCGCCUAAUUUCCAAGACUUCUUGGAUAAGUGCUUGCAAGUAGAUGUGGAUUUGAGAGCUACUGCAGACGAAUUACUCGCUCAUCCGUUCCUCGAAUGCGCUAUGGAAUUAAAGACUCUAACUCCGUUGAUUAAAGCGGCACAGAAAAUUCUACACAAGAGUUAUGAAUGAAGAUCCCUUGAAUGGUAGUUACAUUUUAUAUUUUAUUACAACAUUUUGUAGUUUCGCAGUUGUUUAUGUUAGAUUUGUGAGCUUAGAUGAUUAGGUUAAUCAGACAAUGACAAUAUAAACUUAUUUAGAUUGUCGGAUGCUUGAGAACAAAUGUCUGUCCAUAUAAAAAUUAAGUGCCAAUGAAAGGCUUGUAUUUUUAUCGUUAUUUCUGGUCAUUUGUACCAAAAGACUGCAUCAUUUGUAAACGAGCGGAAAGAAAUUUUUGAUAACGUUUACUCGUUUUAUUAUCGUUGUGCCGUAAUAUUAGGACACGUCAUUGUGUAAAUAUUUUCACAACGAAAUUACAUACAUCCGUCUUAGAGGGCAAGGUCGAGAUUACUUUCAAAAGUAUCCCAAUGUACAUGAACAUGUGCAUACAAGUACCGAAAAGAUUAGUGCGAAUUUUUACUUGUUUAGUUUACUAAAAACUCGCACUAUGAACUCUUUGUUUAAGGAAAUUAUGGGUUAUGAUGACCAAGUUAAAGGUUGUUAAACCGAUAAGGGAUUAUGACAAUUUAGUAAUAAAAAUAUAAGGAAACUACAUGCACAUUCAUUAUCAAUUUGUGAUAACAUUUGUGCUAUUUAAAAAAGAAAUCGUGAAACAAAUGCAAAAAGGAAUUGAACUUUAUUUAAUUGAUUAUUUAGUUAAAAAUAUACUCUCGCGUUAUUUUUACAUCUGACUAUAAUUCCCAUGGGUCAGGAUAUCGUUUUUAGCAGACUUCAAAAAUAAGGUUAUCAAUUCUUCUAUUUUCUUGACACGCUGUAGCUCGAGAUCAAUAUGACUGAAGUCAUUCCAAUAUAUUUUGCCAUCCAUAUCCAUAUUAUAUUCAAAUCCUUAUUUUGUUCCCAAGAAGAUAAUUUUAAUAAAAAAGAGAUAUUUAUGAAUCAAACACCAUAGAGCGAAAAAUCUUUUUUAUAGCGUUUGUUCUACAAUCUACAUCAUUCAAUGUCAGUCCAGCAUCCGAUUCACAGACUCAUUAUAAUGGUGUGACUUAUUAUUUCAUUGUAUAUGAAAGGCAAAACUUCGUAGUUUGAUCAUUCGAGUACCCAUAGCUGUUAAGCUCAGUCACAAUAAGGACCCCAUAAGAUUAUAAAAGCGCGAGAGAAAACUUCACUAGUCUAACGCGUUGUCACAUAACAUCGGAACGCGCUCUACGAUUAUGUUUUAUCAUAUAAAAGAUAUGCUAUCAUCUCCUGAUAUUGAUAUUCAUACAUCACAAUGUACAGUAGGCGACAUUUAAGUUGGCACUACGAGAAGAGUGAGACUUCGGCGAAGAUCGGCUGUGUUCGGUUUUGAAUGUUGUCUCUGUCACAUGUAGAGCGUUAUCUCUGUCGCACAUUGCAUAUGUUAUUGACGUUACAUUACGUAAUUGCCAUAGACAAGGACGACAGUUUUUAAAACCAAAAUCUUGGUCCUGCCUUGUGCCGACUUAAAUGGCGCGUAUAUAACGCUGUCCAUGGCGUUAUUGAAAUAAGAUGAAAUUGUGUCAUGUACAAUUGAAUGCCAUAAUUAUUUUAUAGAUAUUGAAUUUAUUCUAAAUUAGUCAUAGGUCGCUUGUUAUUUGUGCUCUUGAUUAGUUACUUAAGACUUCUAUUUUAUAAUCGUCCAAAUUUACGAUAAAUUAGUUUUUGAAAAGGUUAUUUCCAUGAAAUACAGAAAAUUGUAAAAAUAUUUGAACUUGUAGCGACUCCUCUCCUGUCAUUUAAAAACAAUAGAGAAAUAAUAAACUCUGAGAGCAUCAUUUUUUUUAAUUAAUUAUCAGCAUAUUAAAAAUAUACAUGUAAAGGUUCUAUAAUUACAAUUUAUAAUUACAACGUAUUUAAGUCGACUGUGAAUUUAAUAUUUCAAAGGUUUCCACGUAUUUUUUGAAGGACUUUUAAGACAAUAGAAUCAUGGGUUUGGAUUAAAGAUUACGCUGUUAUCUGUAGUUCCGG